CUCCACCUCUUGCCCUCUCACAGGCUCACGGACCACAGCUAACGUCCUUUCCUUCCUCCAUCUCUUUCGUGGGCCAGGCUUGGCUUUCAUUUUGGGUGUGAGCGCCUUCCCUGUCGGCGCGUGCAUCGUCGUCGCCCCUGCCAGUCACCUCACAGGCUCACAGUCCACGGGGAUGAGGCCCUGCCGCCUGGGAGGAUCCUGGACCUCCAGACGUCUCCCAGACUCCCAGGUUGCCAGGCCCCCGGGUAAAGGUACGGAGUACUUCGUUGUUGCUGCUCAUUUUCACCCGACGCUUGCAUCCGUAACCCUCGCCUGAUCCGCCUGCCCCCGUCGCUUGUCUCCCCACAUCCAAAACCCACGUCUUUUCCCACUUCUCGCGAGUCUGGGUCCUCUCUCCAGCAUCCUCUUAUUCAAACCACUCCCCCCCCGAUCCAUAACCCACAGACUUCGUUGGCAAAGUCUCCUACUGCUUCACCCUUCUUUCGCUUCACGCACAGUCGUUGAAACAAACAUCACCAAACCUGAAUUACUCGAAGUAUUCGGACUAACACUCAUUCCUAUUUACAUCCGCGGACAGACGCCCUCUUGUCGCAAACCAACAACAAGCGCUCCCCGCCAAAACCACUCACUGCCCUGGCUUAGACACAACAGUAAACACGCCAACACACAUAUACAUCUGGCUGUUCCAAUCCACCUUAGCACCAAGUCAAGCAGUUCGACUUACAUCACGAUCUUUGAGAGACCCAACAUCAAGCAUACGCAUCAUAGUGUUGAACGGAUUACUUCCGACGCACAUACAUAUUCCAUUCGGUCUAUACUUCGUCAGGCUUCGACAGUUGACCAGUACAAUCACCAAAAAAACGCCCACUUACAGACACAAUGAAGGUCACCACGAUUCUUGCUGCUUUCUUGCCCGUCUUGGCGCUGGCCCAGACCUCAAGCGGCGAUACGACGACGGUUACUUCCACGGCUACCCAGACCAAGACCAUUACUCUUGAGCGCGCGCACACCACCACCAUGACCUACGGCACCGGCAACAGCACCGCGACGUUUAAGCCCACCGGCUCCGUUGUUGCUUCUGCAACUGCCGCGGCUACUGCUGCAACUACCUCGAAGUCCAGUGCCGGCGCCGCUCUCAACGCUGGUAGCCUGGCUUUCGCUGGUGUUGCUGGUAUGGUCGCUGCUGUUAUGUUGUAAAGCGCAUCACUGGAUGCGCAAGACGAAGAUGUGAGGAAAUGGAGGUCGGGUUUAAAGUUGCGAUGUGGUUGGAGGAAUGUUGCCCGCCGCAUCCUACUGCCACACCGAACUCUUCGAUGCGACAUCUUUUCAGCCUUCUCUUUUGCCAUCGCCUCCAACCCUGGUUCGGCGCAACAUCGCUACCGAUGUGAGCGCGGCCUAUUCUUACGACCUUCACGACCUUGAGAAUCGGGAAACCACUUGAGUUGACGGCACACACUAUACCCUAUUCCUCUUCGACACCAACCAUGUGCGAUGCUUGCAUCGCCAUCCUGCAGGAAAGGAACCCACACGCUAGCAACUGGGGCUUCUUGACAGCGAUCAACCUUUUUUUCACUCUCACUUCAAACGACACUGACUCUCCGCCGCCUUUCUUUUAUGGGUGGCGGACGGCUUGCCACCUCAUGUUUUAAUGUUUCGAUUCUUCCCCAGCAGCACAAGGGUCGCAUGGAAUGCGUAGUCGAUCUGCCCUUCACGCACGUCAUUAGCCAUGAUCACCCAGGGCCUUCUCGAACACAAUCAGCUGUCUGGUUUUCUAGACUGGUGAGUCGUGUUGGGGAUGGCAUCGAGUCAAUUGACGUCUGAUGGUUAUCGGGCUGCCGUUGGCUCGAGUACCUGGCAAGGCACUGAUGUUGCUGCAGGUGUGCUUGCUGGCUGGAAAUGAUAUUUACGAGAUGUUUCGCAACGUCUUUUCUCAAGGGAGGAUUUAAGACGGAAAUGAUCAGGAUGGAUGAUUUAGGGAUUUACCGGAGUUCUCGUGAUGGAACAAAAGUUUCACUCUUCUUCGAGUUGUUGAUACCCCUAUUGCUGUAUAGUUGCCGGCCGGGGUUGGACAGAUCAAGCUGCACUUCCGAGGUAGCCCUUUUCGAAGGUUCAACCUUGGGUUUCGCUGUCUCACAUUGCCCGGUCGGUAGGAGGACGCGAUGGAUUUGCUUUGAUAUUUUCGGAUUGACGACCGUUUUGAUUGAAUGAUGGCAUGGUCCGAGACGACUUUGCCUUGCGAGGGGGGCUUGGAGGCCAUUGAAAGGAGUUUUAAGGACUUGUGAAGGGGCAUUUACUGGUAGC